AUGGCUUCCAAUCCCCAGAGUACCAAUGGCUCUGAGAGCGAGUUCGAGUUCAUUGAAACUCCCAAAGCUCCCACGCCCACAUUCGAGAAAUUCGAGGAGUGUGGUGUCAGGACAACCUCCUAUCCGGCAAUCAAGAAUGCUCCUCUCCCAGCAGACGGCCCCGGCUCCGAAAGCUUUUCCAACACCAUCCUCUUCUCCCUUCUUGCCUUCGUCCCCACAUACCUGUCAUGGAAGCUCGGCGGCGGGCUGAAGACCACCAUCUUCUUCGGUCUCUUUACCUCGAUCCCAAUCCUGGUUUCCUUCUGGUAUCUCGCUUCGUCCUUCUCUCCCCGCAAAAAUGACAAGGUCAAGUUACCAGGUCGCCCUGUGGAGUAUUACCUUACUUUCAAAAAUGAGGCCGAUAAGCUCAAAUACAGAGGCUCCAACAAAAUUCCCCUGGAGACUUUCUACUCCAUGUAUUUUGCUGGCGAUGUGGACUUCAAUGGGGACUGCUUGGAAGUCAUGGAGUACAGACAUGACUGGGCAAGCUUCCAAUUCACCAUGACCCUGUUCAAAUAUGUCUUUUUCGUCUUCGCACCCGAAGUUGUCAUGCACACCCGAUCCCAAGAUGAGGAGCAGGUCCGUGACCAUUACGACCGAGGUGAUGAUUUCUACGGCUGGUUCCUCGGCCCACGCAUGAUCUACACUUCCGGUGUCAUUUCCGAUAUCAACAAGGAGGAAACUCUCGAACAACUGCAAGAUAACAAGAUGGCCAUUGUAUGUGAGAAGAUUUCUCUCAAGAAGGACGAGAAGCUUUUGGAUAUUGGUUGUGGAUGGGGAACCCUUGCCAAAUUUGCAAGUGUUCACUUCGGCGCCCAAGCCACUGGUAUCACUCUUGGUCGUAACCAGACUGCAUGGGGUAACAAUGGCCUCCGAAAAGCUGGCAUCCCAGAAGAGCAAAGCAAGAUUCUCUGCAUGGACUACCGCGAUAUCCCUGUCCCAGAAAGCAAAUACGACAAGAUCACCUGUCUCGAGAUGGCUGAGCACGUUGGUAUCCGACACUUGACGAGCUUUUUGAAACAGUGUAAUGAGAUGAUGACCGAUGAUGGCGUGUUCUUCCUUCAGGUCGCUGGUCUCAGAAAGACUUGGCAAUAUGAGGAUCUCAUUUGGGGUCUUUUCAUGAACAAAUACAUCUUUCCCGGUGCCGACGCAUCUACUCCUCUGAACAACUACGUGAACUCGUUAGAAAGCGCUGGUUUCGAAGUCAAGAACGUUGAUACUAUCGGUGUUCACUACUCUGCUACGUUGUGGAGAUGGUAUAGGAACUGGAUCGGCAACAGCGACAAGGUCAAGGCCAAGUAUGGCAACAGAUGGUACAGAAUUUGGGAAUUCUUCCUUGCCUACUCUACCAUUAUCUCCCGCCAAGGCUCCGCAACCUGCUACCAAAUCACUCUUGUCAAGAAUAUCAACUCCACCCACAGAGUCGAGGGUAUCCAAUCUCAGUUCUCCCUCUCGGGUGCUCUAGCUGCAAGCAAGGUUGACCUGACGGCCACCCACGCAAAGAAUGUUGUCGGGUGA